AUGACACCAGCCAGCAGCAAUGGCUCUUCAGCACAUUUACCUACACGAAUGAAUCCGAGUAAUGGUGGGAGACUAACACCAUCGAAUGGUGCAAGUUUGUUACAGGAAAGGCUGAGAGAGAGGAAAGUCGAAAGUGCGCGAGCAAAUAGACAUGGCAGUAUUGAUCUAGGUCAUUUGAGAGACCGAGAAGUGCAGAGUUCACCUACUGCCAGAGAGGAAAAGAGACCAAGUUCCGGAGGUGGGAAAGGUAUGGGUGUCAAAGGCAUGGAAGAGCAAGUAUCGACUUUGCACAAACAGAACUUUGACCUGAAACUCGAAUUAUAUCAUCGCCGACAGAAACAAGAAAGUUUGGAAGCGCGACUGGAAGCUUUGGAAAAGCAGAUGGAAGGACAAGCUGAAUUACAAGAAGUCAAUGAUCAAUUGCUAGCGGAAUUAGAGAAGCGCGACCAAGCUGUAGAAGAGGCAGUCAGUGUUAUCGUGGCUCUGGAAGACAAGGUGGAUCGAUUGUUGAAGGAACGGGAGGGUGUUCGUGCUGUCGAAUCUGAUUACGAGUCGACAUACUUUCGACAGGGAGAUGAUCAGGAAUUUUCAAGUUCUCCACCCACAUUCGAGAAGCAGAGGCCUGCUAAUUCGGUUCCCCGCAUGCCAUCUUUCUUGUCAGAACAUAGCGAGGGAACGGAAGCUUUGAGGAGUCUUUAUGUUCCGCUCAGUCGGACUAAUAGCGACGCAGGCUUGCCAAAGUUGGCUGAAGAGGUAACCGUGGAUGGUAUGGACAGUCCACGUCUGAGCGUUCUGAGCGAGAGUUCUUUUGUGAGUGUAUAUGGGAUGAAGCCACUAGCAUUGGACGAAACACCUGAACCAGAGUCGCCAUCGCCACCAAGGAGGAACAGGACCUCUGAAUCAGUCGAAAAAUGGAUGGAUGCUCGACCAGCUACUGUCGCCCCUCCAAUGCGAGCACCAAAACGGAAUAGUGGAUUACCAAAGAGUCAAUAUCUCUCGAUCAAUACCAUCCUGGACUCACCUCUGCAACGGUUGGAAAAGUUGAAGGUCACUCUGGAGAAGGGAGCUCAUAACUCCAUGCCAAUUCAGUCGCAACUCAAAUCUACCAAGAAACAUCAGAAUGGUCUAAAAGAUACCAGUCGACGUGUUGUAAAAGACCAAGACAGCUUCGAAAAUCAACGCACAUUACCUCCAACUCCUGACACCUUCAGUACCGAUACUUUGAGACGAUUUCAAAUGUCCAACUCUGAUCUGUUUGCUCAAAAUCAGCGGACAGGAGACGCGACAUUCCUUGAUAGUACUUCAACUUUUCCAACACAUCAACACUCGAAUAUGUCAAUUAGACCUCGAAGCGCUGGGGAGACUGUUACCAGCAAGCGGGAUGGUCAUGGCUGGGAUACAGAAACCCAAGGCGAAUACACCGAAGCGGGAAGUGUAUCAGAUCUUGACAGCAUGUAUAAUGGACCUUCAUUCCAACGUCCACGACGUGUGAUGACGCCAGAUCUUUUCACCUUUGGUGGUGGGGAUGAUGGAUGGGGACAGGAGAUCAAGUACAGUACUGCCGCUCAUAUUCCAGCAGCAGGAAAUGCUACGGCAGAUCGUUAUCGUGCAGUUCGUCGUUCAAGUAUGAGCGAGCGUCAAAAGAGUAAUGAUCAUAUUCCUCAACGUGUUACGCGCUUGGAGGAACCUCAAAACGAAUCACCCGUUCUUCCAGAUCGACGCUCCUCGCUUGCAGCACCAACAAAACUCCGCAAAGUUGCACCGAACCAACCUCUGCCUCCAACACCUACGGAAUCAGCCCCACCCACCAUUUCUCCGCUUAAGAAUUCCAAAAUCUCAAGAUUAUCGGGUCGUAUCUUUGGCAAUAAAUCUGAGAGCGCCCCCGCUAGCCCUAUGAAACCACCCCUUGUUAGGACCCCAACCUACUUUGGUGAUCAUAUAGCUGAAGAAGCAAGAGCUACACCUCCACCUAUCAAACGAUCUCGUACCGGGCCAGUGGCACAACGACCCAUGUCAGCAGGUAACGGAUCUGGUGGCAGAAGAUUGAAUGAAUUUGGCGGCUAUUCGACCACCGAUGAUGUUGCUUCCCAUACCAUUGCGGAAGAUAGCGCUGUCAUGACGAGGAGUAUGGGCAGUAAGAAGUGGUUUGGUAUCGCUCGAGCGGGUAGUCUGAGGAAGAAUUAG